CAAUAAACUUUAUUUUCAGAUUGUUUGCAUGUAAGGAAUAUAAUAUAGUGUAAAGUUUGUCACAAACUAUAUAGUUUUCCUGUUAAUAUGAAUCAAAGUAUUAGUGUUGUGUACUUUGCGUGUAUUCUUAUUUUAUUUUUGUUAGCAAAAGACUGUGUUAAAGCCCACGGACUGAAAAACUCCGCCUCGGAAUUCAGCCGCCAUAGUCUAGUCCAACCCAUUGUGCAUCAUGCCAGGACUAGAAGAGAGAUUACCACCACUCGGCAUACGGAUGGCCAUCACCUGGAGGUGACAGUGUCAGUUAACAUCGACGGUGAAGACUACAUAUUGGACUUGCUACUCAACAAAGACCUGGUGACUAAAGGCCAUAUUAUCCAAUACCAGGAGAAUGGGAAGACUGUGCAGAAGAAGCCUAGUAGAGAGGAGUUAGAUAUAUGCCAGUAUUCAGGCACGGUGAGAGAUAAGGAGAACUCUUGGGUGGCACUGUCGACCUGCCAUGGCCUCAGAGGUGUUAUAUUUGACGGAAAGAAGAUUAAGCAUAUCGAGCCUGCACAAGAUAACAAAUUAACAUCCUAUCACUUCGUAUACGAUCAUGGAGACCUGAAACAUAACUUCAAUUGCGGCUACAGUGGAGGCGUGACCAAUAACACUAACUACGACCCUUUGCUUUUAAGUAAUUAUAUCGCACAUAAUGAGAGGGAUAAGAGUAGGAUUACUCGGUACAAAAGAGCCACAUCAAAAGAAUCGAACGUCCUGGACGCGUACAACGCAAACGAGAACUCGCGAUAUGUAGAGCUGGUGUUGGUGGUUGAUCAUAGAGGGUACCAGACCAUUGGGAGCCUGCAACUUAUUCACAGGCAGAUGAAAGACGUGGCUAAUAUUAUCAAUUCUCUAUACGCGCCCCUAAACAUUUUUAUAGCGCUUGUCGGCGUAGUGGUAUGGACAGAGCGCGACGAGAUCUCAUUGGAGAACAACGUCGACUUAACGCUCACAAACUUUCUUAAUUAUCGCAAAAUAAAACUUCUGCACGAGGUACCCAAUGACAAUGCACAUUUGGUCACCCAGCAAAAAUUCACGGAUGGCGUUGUGGGUCAAGCGUUAAAAGGUCCAAUAUGCACAUACGAGUUUUCCGGCGGAGUAGCGACAAAUUAUUCGUCUGUUAUUGGUUUAAUCGCGACUACUAUCGCACACUCUAUAGGCCACAACUUCGGCAUGCAACACGAUGUUGGAGAGGAUUGUGAUUGUCCCGAUGAACAGUGCAUAAUGAGCCCUUCGAUGAAUUCUGUGGCUCCGAUUACCUGGUCUUUGUGUAGCAAGAAGUCGUUGGCGCUCGCUUUUGAGCGGGGAAUGGAUUAUUGUUUACGAAACAAGCCAAAGCGUCUAUUUGAUUCACCGACCUGCGGCAACGGCUUCGUGGAAGAAGGCGAAGAGUGUGACUGCGGGAUGACGGCGGACAAGAAACAAUGGAACGCGUGCCAAGGGUGUUGCGACGCAGACACUUGCACGCUAAGACGAAAUGCUACUUGUGCUUCGGGCUCGUGUUGCAACCUUGAGACGUGUCGCCCUAAAUCAGCGGGUACACAAUGUCGCGCGGCACACAAAGAGUGCGAUCUGCCUGAGUUCUGCACGGGAAACUCAGAGUUCUGCCCCAACGACGUUCAUAAGAUGGACACCAUUCCUUGCGGAAAAAAUCAGGAGACGUAUUGCAUGCAAGGUUCCUGCCGUUCGCGCACGGACCAAUGCCAGUUACUAUGGGGCACUACGGGCGAGGAUUCUCACGAGAAGUGUUACUCCGGAAACAAUAUUAAGGGUAACCGAGCGGGCAACUGCGGCUACGAUCGCGUGCAGUCAAUAUACCACAAAUGCUCCCUUGAAGACGCUACGUGCGGCUUGCUACACUGCAGACACCUCAACGAGAGACUCGAAUUUGGGAUGGAGAGCGUCGCUGUUCUAUCGACCGUGUUAAUUCAAAACAAUGGUACAAUAAUUCCAUGCCGUACAGCUGUCAUUGACCUCGGGCUGAGCGACGUCGAUCCCGGUCUUGUUCCGGAUGGGGCCAAGUGUGGAGAUCAAAAGAUGUGCUACAAACAGCGCUGCGUGCCAAUACAACAAGUGCGCGACAGCAUCGCCGCUAUGGAGAAUUCUGAAUGCCCGUCCGAUUGCAGCGGCCACGGCGUUUGUAACUCCAAAGGACAUUGCCACUGCGACUUGGGUUUCUCGUCUCCGAAGUGCGAGCUGCCGGGCCCUGGCGGAUCCAUCGACUCCGGACCAGAUUUUAGCGGACUAAUAGAAGAAAGCAAAGUCGGGCCUGCUAGUUUGUCAGAGACUGGUGCCACGACAUAGGUUAAGAAAAAGCCUGUAUUACACCGUGCUUCAACUCUGCAGAUAAGCAACAACAUUCUGGUAUGGUGGUUGUG